UUAGCCAGUGCUUGGAAGAAUCACCUAGAAACAUCUCUCCUCUGUGCAGAGAAACCCAGGGGAGUGUUGUAGAACUGAGCAGGCAGACCAUUCAUUCUGCAGUUGGCCAAAGAUCCAGAAGCAGAGCGGGUGUGUGAGAAACACCAGGAGGAAUUUGCUUUGUUGUCUGAAGAGGGGCCAAAAACUCACUUAUGUGUUCUGCACGGCACACCAAGAAACCAUGUUACAGCUUCCACUGAGACAGCCGCGGAGCAGUGCGAGGAUGCCAGAGACAUAUUGAACGGGUACGUGGCUCCUUCUCACUUCCCCCUCAUACUUCACAAUGCAGCCGUGAGGAGGGGAAGGUGCGGGCUGCAAUGGCUCUUUCUCCUGAACCGAGGCAGAGGACGCCGGAGUUCUCCCUCAACCCCCAAACUCUGAAGCAAUUCAAAGUGAACGUGACUUUGGAUCCAGACACGGCAGGUCCUGAACUCAUCCUCUCUGAGGACCUGAAAGGUGCCAGAUGGGGAAAACCAAGUCAGAAGAUGCCUGACCGUCCGGAGAGAUUUGACACUGAUCCCUGUGUGUUGGGCUAUGAGGGAUUCACCUCGGGGAGACACUACUGGGAGGUGGAGGUGGAUGGGAUGUUCUGGACUGUGGGUGUGGCCAGAGAGUCUGUGAGGAGGAAGGGACAUAUUGUCUUUCGACCCAACACGGGAGUCUUGGGUUUGCAGAAAUAUGAUCACCUCUGCGUGGCGCUCACCAGCCCUUCCAACACCUAUGUGCCCCUCAAAAAUAACAACAAUGAGAUCGGCGUCUAUCUGGACUAUGAACUGGGGCGAGUGUCAUUUUAUGACCUCAGCAACGAGGAGCUGCUCUUUGCUUUCCCGCCGGUCUCUUUCAAUGGGGAGAGAGUUUUCCCUUACUUUUGUGUAUUUUUGUCCCACAUAAAACUGUCCCCCAGAGGGUGAUGCAUGGCUGUGAUCCCAAGAAACUGGAUUCUCUGGCCUGUGGUGUCAUAGUCUCUAUGAUCCUAGAGGUUCUUGCUGAACCUCUUCUAGCUUCCAUUGCCCUACACUCUAUGACCCUGGAGGAUUACAAUGUUCUUGCUGAACUUCUUCUAGCUUCCAUUUCAUUAGGCUCUAUGAGCCUGGAGGAUUACAGUGUUCUUGCUAAGCCACUUCUAGCUUCCAUUUCCCUAAGCUCUAUGAGCCUGGAAGACAACGUCUUUCCUGGAGAGCUGCUCUGAGCUACCUUAUUAGUCUCCAUGCCUCAGGAGGACUCCCAUGUUUCCUCACAGAAAAUCCUAGGCUCUCAAUCCUGGUCUCUACGGCUCCACAAGGAGUACAAUGUUGUUGCAAAGUCCCGUUUAGCUUGCUAUUUUCUAGUCUCUAUGCUCCUGUCAGAGUCCCAUGUUCCUUCAGACCCCCUGCUAGCUCUCUGUCUGCAAACUGGACCAUCCUGAAGUACAGAAUGUGACACUUUUUAAUGGCAGAAAUUAAGGAAAGAAAAUCCUGAGUGGGUGUCUCGAUUCAGCCUGUAUUACCGUUGUGACAGAUAUUGCAAACACACACAGCCUCUUUGGGAGCGAUUGUUUCCACCUGAUAAAUGUGAUCUGUGAGCUUGAGCCAGAGCUUGAAAGUAUGAAAACUUCAGAGACUACUGUAUUCAGAUGGGCCGGACAACAUGGGCCCAUCGUAUAUUGACAGACCUAUGUAUCAAUAUGUGUA